AGCAUAAUAAGACUAUGCGACAUAAUAUUGGCGCUUGGUCGCCUUAUGCAAAAACGGAAAUCGGCGGGAUUUUGGCAGCAUUGUUUCCGUCUUGUUAAUUUGUUAAUUCAGUUCAGUCUGUUGAGCAAUAUAAAAAGUGUCGCGUUAUAUUUUUUAUAAAAGUUGUGUUUAAAAGUGUAAAAAAGCGUGUAAAUAUGUUGCAGAGGACUGCUCUAAUUUUAAACCGUGCUCGAGAAAUAACAAACGAGGAGAAGGUAAGUUAUUUUGUAUUGUAAAAAUUACCAGACAUUAUUUUUGAGGUGUAAAUUAAAAACUUAAAUUUUUACAGUAGUUUUGUUUAUCUUUAUUUACUUUAUUUAUAGGAAGAAGGUAUUCGGCAAGAAACAAGUUCGCUUCAGACUUAUACCAACUUAGAACCGUUACAGGAAGUUGAUUUUAACUCAGCAACAGAUAUUAGUGAGGUAUGUUAUUAUAAGUUUUAAUGUUUAACUAAGUUUUGUUAAUUUUUACUUAUUGUUAUUUAUAGAAAGAAAGUACUCAUACAGCAGCUGUUUCCCCAAAGACUUACAGCGAUUUACAAACGGUUCGGGAAGUGGAAUUUAAUCUAAAAUUACCAGACAUAAUUUAUGAGGAAGGAAGUAAUUCGGAUGGAUAUUCAAACAAGGAAAAUGAAAUAGGUGACGUAAGAGUAAUGGAUGAUAAUCAAAAUCAAGAAGAAGACCGACAGUCGGGUCGGAAAGAAUAUCGUCAAGAUUUAAAUUUUGUCAACAGAGAUAUUAAUGAAGAUAACAAUAUAGUAGAGAUGGAGCAAUCCGAUAAAGGAGAAAAUGAUGGGGAAAAGAAUGGCGUAAAAUCUAAAGAAAAAAAAUAUCAGGGCCGUCCAAAAAAAGGGGGAAAGAGAAAGUUCCCUAGUCAGAAUAGAGAAAUCUGCAAAAAAGACUGCAUUCAAAAUAAAUCAUACUUUACACAAAAAGGAGAAAUGAAACUAAAAAAAGAGUUUCGUCAGUAUUUGUGCAAAUGCGACUGUCUAUCGAAAGUUGGCAUUGAAAAUGCUAAACAAGAAUACGACAAAUUUUAUGAAGUAAGUUCGUAUGAUGCUCAACGUGCCUUAAUUUGCGCCAUGGUUCAAGAAGGUCCAAUAAAAAGAAAAAGAAAACAAAAUUCUACUAAAAAAAUGCACUCCAGGGUGUACAAUAUUAAUGGCCACGUAGUUUGCAAAACAUUUCUGUUGCAAACCCUAAGAAUUUCGAGUGCAAAAGUGGAUAAUGCCUUAAAAUCAAAAAAAAGGAUAGAAGGAGUUAAAGACUUAAGAGGAAGAGCAGGCGGAAAAAAUAAAAUAUCAGAAGAACGAUUGCAAGAAAUAUUAGAACAUAUUGAACAAUUUCCAAAAUAUAAGUCUCAUUAUGCAAGGGAAAAAACAAGUUCAAUAUACUUACGAGCAGACACUACAUUGCCCAUUAUGUACGAUUUGUACAAGCAGCAAGUUAAUAAUUCACCUGUGUCGUUUUCGAAGUACAAAAACGUUUUUUUAACUCAUUUUAAUUUCAGAAGAAAACCACUGAAAAAAGACACUUGUAACCUUUGUGACAAAUUAGAAAUUCUAAUAAACAACAGCGCCACAGAAGAACAAGUUAAAUGUAAAACUGAGAGAGAUAACCACAUCGAUUCCGCUGAAGAAGCAAGACAAGCUUUAAAUGCAGACAGAAAGCGUGCAAAAUUUGACGAACAACUUGAAGUAUUGUGUUUUGAUAUGGAAAAAACACUGCCUCUUCCCCGUAUACCUACAAAUGUAGUUUUUUACAAACGCCAACUUUGGCUUUAUAAUCUAGGUAUACAUACAGCUAAACAUAAUAAAGGCCAUUGUUAUGUGUGGUUAGAAGGCGAAGCCGGCAGAGGGGCCCAAGAAGUUGGCUCUUGUUUAUUUAGACAUGUGUUGAAAGCUAGAGAUAUGGAGGCAUGUAAACAUUUAAUUUUGUGGUCGGACAGCUGUGGAGGGCAGAACCGAAACAUUAAAAUAGUUUUGAUGUUAAAUGCCAUUUUUGAUGUGCAUCCUUUACUGGAAAGAAUCACUUUACGUCUCCUUACAUCUGGCCAUAGUUUUUUGCCAAAUGAUACAGAUUUUGGUGACAUUGAAUGCGCCUUAAAAUUCCAACAAAGAAUGUAUUAA